AUGGAAAGGAAAAAUAAGGAGCAUUGUGAAGGAUGGAGCAUCAAGAUGGUUUCUGGCGUUGAGUAUCGCUGUAAAGUGAAAGCUUUUGCUGCUCCUGAACUACCAUCUUUAGAAACGGUCUCAUUCGCUGAUAUCGAGUAUGACUUCCUGUGCGAAAGGCAGGUAAUCGCUGAUCAUGAGGAGUAUUUAAAAACAAAGAAACAUUUGAACCAGACAUCUCCUACACCUGCAUGUGAUAUUCCCGCAUCUCAGUUGAACUUAUCAUCAUCAGAAAUCGAUAACCGAACUGUUGAUAUCCCUUCUCAUGUUACUAUUUCCAAUUCUGAGAUGUUUUCCCCACCUCAUUUGUGUCCACCUUCAGUUUCUUGGCCACCUCCACCUGCUGCUAGUCAUUUUGUAUCUGGACAAAUUUUGGUACCCAGUAUAUUAGAUGGUGUCAGUUCUAGCCAACCUUCACAUGUAUCAGAGAAGAUAGCAGUUCAGAGUAACGGAUCUAGUUCAGAAGUGAAUCAUAUAACUCCUGAUUCUGUUAAUUCUUCAGCAUGUACAUACUUGAAAGAUUUUGAUAAUGGACCUGAUGAUCCAUUUGCAAUGACUGAGCUCAAAACAAUUAAUGAACUAGAAGAGUUGAAAAAAAUUUUAACGUAUGACUCAUUUUCUGGUUCUUCUCUUCCAAAUACUGAUCAGUUAGCAAAUAAAGAGACAUUGUCUAAAAAUACUAAAGUAUCAUAUGUUGUCAAUAAUACCGAAGCUCAAUCAACUACAAAUUCAAAUAAUCUGAGUUAUUCAUCGUCUUUCAGUUCAAAUGAAACACAUACAACUUCUAAAGCUCCAGAAGCAUUGUAUUCGCAUCAUCAAAAUUAUUCCAUGUCUUACCUCAAAAGUAUUCAUUCAAAUAUUGAUCAUAACCCACGAAAAUAUCCACAGAAUUGUUUGGAAUCUGGAAAACUUACCAAUGAUAAUAUAAAAUCAUCUACAAUGAAGUUGGAUUCUUAUCCACAUGAAGUGAAGUCGAACACAUUGGUUCAACGACCUCAUUCUUGUGCUGCUAGUGGUGGUGUUGUAGAACCAAGAAGUUUUGCCAGUGCUACAAAACAUCAGAGCACAGUUUCUGUUAACAGUGCUGAAACAAAUCAUAAUGUAAAACUUGAAGAAGAUUUAUUAUCAUGGGCAACCAGUUGUGGUUUUUCUCAUUCUCAUGCUCGACGUCUUUUAGAAUUGGGUAUGAAGAAACGAGUAUUUAAUUCUCAAAAUCUUGAACAGAACAAAUUGAUUUUAUUAAAUCUUCUUCAUACAUUCAACUCAUUGUUGACAAAUUUCUCUACUGAUCGAAAUUCCAGUCGACUAUUGGAGCAAUCAGCUCUUGUAAUUGCUUUAACGUUUCCUAAUGACUUGUCUAAGGCACAACAAUUAGCUCGACUUGUAAUCUAUCUAGAAGAUAAUGGAUUUUCACAAGAUAUCAUCUCUUUUUAUAUCCAAAAUCCACAAUCUAUAGAAAAUGAAGAAUUGGCUAGACUUCUGAAUAAUUUAAUGAUUCAUAGUAAUAUGGAUUAUGAAGUGAAUCCUGUCAAUUCCUUCUUUUCUUCAACCCAUCAUCAUAGUAUGAUGUCAACUGAUGAUAAGUGA